AACCGCCCCCGCCUCGGGGCACCCCCGAGGCCGGAGGGGAGGCGGCCGGGCUGCGGGCCGCCCCCUCAGGGGCCGACCGCCAACAGCGCGGGAAGGCAUCCGCGGCAGCGCCCUCCCGCCCGGGUCCGCGCCUGCCGCUCUGCGCAUGCGCGAUGGCUUCUGCCCGGCACUAAGAUGGCGGCGGCCAGCAGCGUGAGAGUCGGCUGUCCGGGAGCCCCGUUCCGUGCCGAGCAGUCCCUCUCCAUGUAAGGUUCACUUUCUUCAGCUUUAGGAUACAUCUGAAAAUCCUGAAGGCAGUAUUAGGCCCUCUUAGGAGGAGUGAGUAUUUACGUCCUUCAGAAUGCCUAACUCCAACGCUAAAUUUCAUUGUAACCAUAGAGGUGGUCAGGAAGCUGGCAGGCGGGAGUUGGUUUCCAGGUCUUUGCAGAGUGCUCAGCAUUGCCUGGAGGACCAGGAUUUUGGAACUGCCUAUGCUCACUAUCUCCUGGUACUAAAUCUAGCUCCUGAGUUAAAAAGUAGUGUCAAAGAAACAUUUCAGUUUACUCUCUUUAAAUGGGCAGAAGAGCUAGAUUCUCUGGCACGGAUUCAAGAUCUGUUUAACUGUUAUGAACAAGCACUUGAACUGUAUCCGAAUGAUGAAGUGAUAUGUAAUAGUAUGGGAGAACAUCUUUUCAGAAUGGGCUUUAGAGAUGAAGCAGCUGGAUAUUUUCAUAAAGCAGUGAAGCUUAACCCAGACUUUGCUGAUGCAAAGGAGAAUUUUUACCGCGUUGCAAACUGGCUUGUGGAACGCUGGCACUUCAUCAUGCUCAAUGAUACCAAGAGGAACCUUACUUACCUAAAGGCUAUUGAGAAUGCUGUCCGCUCAGGGUGCAAGUCUGUCCUUGAUAUUGGAACAGGAACAGGAAUUUUGAGUAUGUUUGCAAAAAAGGCAGGAGCAUCUUUUGUCUAUGCCUGUGAAUUAUCGAAAACCAUGUAUGAACUUGCCUGUGAUGUGGUAGCUGCAAAUAAUAUGGAAAGAGAGAUCAAACUUCUGCAUUUGAAGUCACUUGAUAUAGAAAUUCCAAAGCACAUACCUGAAAGAGUUUCCUUGGUUGUCACAGAAACAGUUGAUGCUGGUUUAUUUGGAGAAGGAAUUGUGGAGAGCUUGAUACAUGCUUGGGAACAUCUACUUUUACAACCAAAACCUAAAAUUCAAGAUGUCAGUACUGGAGACUAUGGCAGAGUUAUUCCCGCAAGUGCUACAAUAUUUGGAAUGGCAGUGGAAUGCAAAGAAAUACGUAGACAUCACAGAGUGGGAACGCAAGAAGUUGCUGGUGUGUGCUUGUCAAAUUCAGUGCAGUUCUUUAGUCCAACAUACGCUUCUGCUGGUUCAGAGGAAACUGUUGAACCUUACACCACCGAGAAGCUCAGUCGUAUUCCUGGGGGUUAUGUACCUCUGACAGAGCCCUGUCAAGUAAUGACAGUAGAUUUCAACAAUCUGCAGGAGCUGAAAAGCCUUGCAGCUAGAAAGCCCUGGAAGCUCAGCCUGCCAGUCACUGAAGGAGGAAUACUAGAUGCUAUUGUGGUGUGGUUUGUACUACAGCUUGAUGAUGAGCACACUCUAUCUACAAGUCCCAGUGAGGAAACUUGCUGGGAACAGGCAGUCUAUCCUGUGCAGGGCCUCCUUGAUUAUUCUGUGAAGACUGGAGAUACUGUGAUGAUGGAAGUUUGCUGCCAAGACUGCUACUUGAAGAUCCAGAAGGUUUCCUGUUUGACUUCAGAGUGUGGGAUGGACUUCAGUGACAGAGAUGACACACUGAGUUUGGGCAAUGAGGUUGAAUUAUGUAAUGCUCUGGCUGGUCUUCAGACAACUAGCAAACAGGAUGGCAACGGUCAAGUAUGUGUGUUGGAAUCCACAGAAAUAGCCCUGCUGAACAAUGUACCAUACCACGAAUGUUUUAAAGCUGCCAUGGGCAAAGUGCUGUUGUCAUUAAAUCCAACUAAGGACUUGCAGUCCAUGGAUGUUGAUGGACAUGGCAGUGGGAUGAACCUCCAAGAGAGUCAAAACAAGAGCUCUCUAGAUAUGGCUCCUGAUCCUUUGUACAUUUUAGAUGUAUCUGAAGGCUUCUCCAUCCUGCCAAUUAUAGCUGGCAAACUUGGACCGGUUAGAGCCUACAGUUCUAUUGAGAAAGAACAGCAUCAGGCAGCACUUAAUGUAAUUUCAGAAGCUAACCAUUUCCCUAAGGAAACACUAGAGUUUUGGCUCAGCCACUUAGAAGAUGAAAGUGUGGUGCUACAGAGACCCAAAUCAGACAAAUUGUGGAGUAUUAUUAUCUUGGAUGUUAUAGAGACAUCAGGUUUAAUCCAGCAGGAGGUGAUGGAAAAGGCUGCAAUAUCCAGAUGUUUACUUCACAGUGGAGGGAAGAUUUUCCCACAGUAUGUGUUGGUAUACGGGAUGCUUGUAGAAUCAGAGUCUCUGUUACUGGAGAGUGCUGUUCAAGGAACAGAACCAACUCUUGGGUUUAAUAUAGCCCCUUUUAUCAACCAGUUCAAGGUACCUGUUCGUGUGUAUUUGGAUCUCUCUACAUUACCAUGUCUACCCCUGAGCAAGCCAGCAGAGCUUUUGAGGCUAGAUCUCAUGAACCCUUUGUCGAACAGCUCCAGCAGAGAAGUGAAGGUACAAAUUUGUAAGUCUGGCCAAGUCACUGCAAUUCCCUUCUGGUACCACAUCCAUCUAGAUGAAGACCGUAGCUUGAAUACAUCUGAUGCAUCCUCACACUGGAAACAAGCUGCAGUUGUUCUCGAUGAGCCCAUCCAAGUUCAGGUUGGAGAUGAACUUGUGCUUGAUGUUCAACACCAUAAAAGCAAUAUUAGCAUUACAGUUAAACGGUGAAGAAUGUCAUGUGUAAACUGAUUUGUGGUUAAUUACCUAUGCAUAAAUUGACUGUUCAUGAUAUCACUGAUGUUAAUUUAUAUUAAAGUCUAAAUUUUAUCUACUGAUCAAAAAAGCUAUUUUGUUGCUUUAAUAGUUGAUACUUACCUUCCACUGAUGGACUAAAACUUGCACUGUAAGGGUAUCUUACCAAGCAAGCAGUUAGGGGAGGUAUUGUCUUCACUGAAGCAAAAACCUGAUUGCUAGCUAUUGCAGUGACUACAACAGUGGGACAGACUUCUCUUGCUACCAUAUCAUCUGUAGUAAGAAAAAAAGCAUCCAGAUGCCUAGACCAGAAAUAAACAGCUGUGGCUAUUCAGAAUAGAGUCCUUGUUUCUCACACUGAGAAGUUCCACUUCUCAGUUGCCAAAGCAUCUGACUUAAGUGUAUUGAGGUGUUAGCCUUGUAGUAGGGACUGUAACGCCGUUGCAGUAUCACAAGUUAGUGUUGCACAUACACAAUUAUAAAAAGUUGUAAAGGAGUGCUAUUGAAGAACUUAAGUUGUAUAGUGGAAGGUAAAGCUAGUAAUCUUUUUAGAAUCCCACAGAGAAUCAUUUCUGGUAAUAUAAUGGGCCUGAACUCUUGUCUAUAUGAAAGUUGUAUAAAGUAGUACAUUAGUCAUCACAGUAUGACUGGAUCUCUUCUACAGCAUUACAUUUUGGUAUAAUGCAGGUAGCAAGUUCCUUCUAUUAAAUUGAUAUCCGAAUUGAAGAGUAACAAAAGCUUCUAACUCAGCAUUGAUUCUACCUCUGUAGAGAUAUGAGGAAGACUGUUAGCAAGAUAUUUCUGUAGCUAAGUCUCUUCAUACUGUGCUGUCCAUUCCAUGUAGAAGAGGCAUUUCUGUGAUCUUUCCUUAACAGGAGCCUAUAUAAAGAGCCAUCCACAAAUAAUUUUUCUAGAAUCUCACUGCAUGCAAGAUCCAUAUGUACUCUUUAUUAGGUCAAGUGUUUCAGAUAGAUAGGUGCUCUCAGUUUAACUGCAGGGACUGCUGGAGCUGUGGUUAUCCCAGCCUGCCGCUGAACCUGCAUCUGGUAGAUUGCUGUAAUAAAGCUCCUUCUAGAAGGGUGGAGGAAAGGUCUCCAAUUUAUUUUAUUUUAUUUUCAAAACAGAGGUAAUGACUAAGUCAAGUUUUCUGAAGAUAAAGUAACUGGAUAUCAUCCUUUAUCCAAGGGGUACAAAGCAUAACAAACUGUAAGUAAGUGAAUUAGAGUAGGACAGAGGCUUUUCAUACUAAAUAGAAAACAGCUUUUCUUAAAAAAAAAAAAAAAAAAAAAAAAAAAAAAAAAAAAAAAAACCCAAACAAAACCAAAAAACAACAAAUCCAUGGUCCAUAAAGUCUAAGUUACUGUCCGACACAACUAAACCUAGUAGGUACAGGGUAUUUUCACCAAAGUGCAGUUUAUUAUAGAGAAUUAUUUAGGCUUCCUGUGCUGGAAAACCUCUGAUAAAAGCAAAACCAUUAAAUGAUAAGGUUAGGCAUAUUUAUUAAUUUUUUUAGCAAUUAAUAAGAGAGCAAAAUGAGCUAAAGAAAAAUGAAGGACAUAUUUUACCCUGAUGCAAUGAGACUAAGUACAGGGCUGAAAGUGACCAUUACUGAGUUUAAGCAGUGUGCUAAGUAAGGCAAGAGCAAUCUUUAAGACUUAUUAAAAGCUGGGAGAAUAUUAGGCAGAAAACAAUGGAGAAACAAAUAUGGUUAAUACAAAGAUGAAGCACUGUUUGCAAAUGAACUUUUUAUAUAAACUUGAUAGGUCAUGCUGUGGAAUACUGUUGUAGUAGUUUUCAAAAGACAGUGUAGGUGUGAUUGAAAGAUUUCUAUUUAUUGUGGAAGUUCAAUAGCAAUGGUUAAUGGAAAGGUAUGAUCCUGUAAGCUACUACAAUGAAAAUAUAACUUUUCUCCCAGAAAAAAAAAAUGCAGGAAUACUGUACGCAUGGAAUGAUGGAGUAAUAAUAAAAUAAUGUAGUAGCUUUCCAGAAAUGCUGUGAAAGAAGCAACCAAGACACUUAACUAGCUGUUUUCCUGUCAAAGUCCCCUCCCUGUAUCUUACCUAAGUUUUAUACCACACAUAUAACUUUGUGUUAAAAAAACCUCUUCAGUGUGAUGUUUUUGAAAAGCUAGAGCGCUGUAGCUGUUUCCUUCCAGCAGCUCUGAUCCUUCAGAUGUUAUUUCUACCAAUGCCCCUUUUCACCUGUAUACAUGCAGGAAAUCAGAUUAUUUGUAAUAGUGGCUACAGCAGGCACUGAAGUCCCCAGGUGUUGAGAGGUCUCACAAGUUAUUUCCUUUUAGAACACUGCUAUUACAUGGAUAAAAAGAUACCUGGAAUCAAGCAUAAGUAAGUAGAUUCUGAUUCUUCAUAAGCUCAAACAAGAAAUCCCUUUUCAGUACAAGCCCUAAAAUACUGAAAGCACAAACUCUUGUACUAGUUAUACUUAAGAUCCUCUUCUUCCAUGAAGAGGACAGUUGUAUUCAUGUUUCAUUCACUCUCUUAAAUUACUGUAGCAGUAAAUCAAAUCAAAAGAAGGUGAACAGUUUAAAUAAAAUCUUUAAUUGCUUAUUUACAACAAAGGCAAUGACUUGGCAAAUUGGAAAUUAUGAUUUGCACUUUCCCACUAACUUCAGAUACAGCAAGUACAUAGUCAACUAUAAAAUAUGCAGCCUAGUGAGUAAGGCGCAAUAUUUACAUCACACUAGUACUGCAAAAAAAGCACUUAAGAUGAAUUUACCAUGACAGCCAGAAGGUAAACGUUUAUCCUGUAAAUGCUAACAAUGCUCAAAAAGAAACCUUAAAUAUCACUUAAAAGGUCAGUGCUCUAGGUUUGGGGCUUUUUUCUGUCAGAUUGCAAACAUGCAAUAGGAAUAAAAAUCUGGUAAUGGCAUAAAAACAAUACCCCUCUGAUUCUGUCAGUUUUUGCAAAAUAACAUUUUGAUACAAGUGUACUUCUUGGUCUGAAAUCUAAUGCUAGUAACUCCAGUAUUAGACUAGCUGCUUAGUUUUACCUUAGCAAAUGUCUUUUCUGGGAUGGUGGUGGGAAAAAUCAACUUAUUACAUUUGAAUCCAGGCUAUAUUAGAAGCAUAAUACAAUAAUCACACAUACAUACACAAAUUUAUGAAUACAAAUUACUACAGAGACAUUGUCAAGACAUCCUGCUU